AUGUCACUAAGCCAGUGGAGAAUCGACUCUUCCCACGCGUCCCGCGCUGCACGUACAGCGGACAGUGCCGCUUACUCCCCGCCCGGCUUCUCGAAUGUCGGCCAGACUGUCCAGCAUCACGUCGAGGCAGAGCAAUCCUCGGAUCAGCAAGAACACCUAAUGAAGAAGCGAGCGUGGGAUGUGGCGAUGGGCCCGGGUAAAAGUUUGCCGAUGAAUAUGUUCAUGAUGUACAUGGCCGGGCGUUCGAUAUCAAUCUUUCCGAUCAUGAUGGUCGCGAUGAUGCUUUGGCGACCGUUGAAGGCCCUAUUCUCUGUCAACAGCACAUUCAAGCCGCUAGAGCACGAAAGCACCGGUUCGCUGUUGCCGCACAAGCUCGUCUUCCUGCUCGGAAAUUGCGGUGUCGUGGCGCUGGCUAUUUACAAGAUUCACACGAUGGGACUGUUGCCAAACUACGACUCGGACUGGCUGGAAUUCGUGCCGGAAGCGCGGCGGAUCCAGUACACGUUGGUUGGGGACCUUUUCGUU